AUGUCUUUCGCCGCGACGAAGUUCACAGCGGAAUCUCACACCGUAAGACGGGCUUUGGCGGAGAUCGUGCAAUUGAUGCAAAGCGGGCCCAGUAACGGAGCCAGUAUCCCCGUUAUAGGGGCAGCUGGAGUGAAGGAAACCAACGGCGACAAGCCGAAGCCGAGGAAAAUCAAAUCCCCGUACCCGUCGGCGCAGCAGAUCGACUUGAACGAGCCGAAGAUCGAAUCCUGGAAUCCGCGUAAAAACCGGUAUCUUCUGGCUCUGUGCGUGUAUGGGAGACUAUCCAAUCAGGAGCGAUGCUUGCGGAACUAUCUAAUCGCCGCGGCGCUUCUGCAGCGCACGCUGGUCAUUCCGAACGAGAGUUGCGGCGUAGCUUUCGCGACGUUCUGCUGGCGAUGGGACAAUAUCGUGGAUGUGCCUAGAAUGAGGGAGUGCCUCGCGCCAGCUUAUGGUAAUAACGAGACUGCUAUUACGGUGGAUGAGUACGUGGCGAUAGAGUUGGUGGCGUAUGCUGGGAUAGCGACGAGCAAGGGUAAUAUUCUCGCGGACUACGGCCGAGACAGGGACGCGUACCGAGAAGCGAUAUCCGCCGCAUUACCCGCUCUCCCGGAACAUGCGUCGCAAAUCUCCAUGGGCCACGGGCGGCUGUUCGUGCUGUUUCUGAUGGCAAAGGACGGCAUCGUAUUCUUCUGUCUGGGCUACGACCCGCUCACCAAGGACCAGGCGCGCGGGCUGCUGGGGCGCGUGCGCACGGCGUUCCUCUACUCCGCGCGCAAGUGCGACCUGCACUCGGGCGCGCCGCUGCCCGACGCGACGCGCGACAACAUCCGCAAGUCGUUCGCGUCGACCUUCCGCUCGCACAGAGGAAAGAUCGAGGAAGGCGCGCAGCCGCCGCCGCUGACGAUCUACCACGACGCGCCGUUCGCGUACCGGACCAAGUCGGAGGACUCGUUUCCCGCAGGUGAGAGUCAGGAUGGGGAGGAGAGCGACGAGGGGGAGGAGCGUGAGGAAGGGGGGUGGGAUGAUUACGAGAAUGAUGGUGAUGGUGGUGGUGGUGGUGGUGGGGAGGACAGUGCAGAGCUAAGGGGGGAGGAUGGUGGGGUUGAUCCUAACGAUUGUGACUAUAGGCGGUGUUCCGCAAACGGGGAAGCGGAAGGAAGGCCAACGGCCGGCACAGGAACAGGAACAGGGUCAAGACGCAGAUCAAACGGCCAGGAUCAACAGACGAGAGAGCAGCAGCAAGCAGCAGGGGGGAGCGAUGCUGAGGGCAGGAACAGCAGGGACGGCAAGGACGACAGGGACGGCAGGGAGAAUGAUGAUGAUGAUGACUCAGGAUGGAUUGAUGGUGCUACCCUGGUGACGGGGCAAGCGCUGAAGGGUGCCACGUGGCAGCGUCUCCCCGCGUCGGAUCCGGGAAUCGGGCGGGGAAGAGGCAGGCGGAAAGGAGGAGGUACUGGGCGGAACAGUGUCGAGGGGAGCGGGGGGAGGGGGAGUGCGGGCAGUCGUCUCACGCCGAGACAGAGGCUCCUGCAGGAGGUGGGGGAGGUGCUGGUGGGAGUGGGGGCAGAUGUGUCAGGGUGCGCCGUUGACCCCUGCUUUGACCUCGGUCAACCCAUCCGGCCGGUAGGCCCGUCCCUUGACCUGGGUCAACCCGUUAGACCAGCAGAUAGAAGCAACCGGUCGGCCAAGGCAAAUGCCGUUGAUAGCAGCAGGGACGGCAGUGGAGGAGGAGGAGGAGGAGCAGAGCUGCAAUCUCGGCCUACUGCAGUCGAACAGUCCCCAGUUGCACCUGCCCGCCCCUCACCGGGAUACCCCCCCCGAGGCUCCUCCACCCCCCCCAUCGCGCCCUCCUUCGGCUCCCCUGCUGCCCUUCGCGGCUCAGGCUCGGGGAAGCGGCUGUCGAUCAAUGAGAGGCCGACAGCUGGCAUCGCGGGCAGCAGCGGCAGCGGGUGGAACAUGAGCGUGACGUUACCCCCCCAGGCCCUCGCCCAGCUCGCAGCCGCCAUGCAAGAAGGGGAGGACGAGGACGGGGGGAAGGGGGCGUUGCGGGAAGGGCAUGGGGGGGGAGGAGAUGGGAAUGGGGGUGGGGAGGAGGGAGGGGGUCCUGGGGUGGGGUUUGGGCGGAGGAGUGUAUCGGCUGCAGUGGCUGCGGCGAAGAGGGGGGAGCGCGCGUUUGUGCACAGCCAUAGCUGGAACGUGCGAUCCAGUGGGUUGGACGAAGGGGAGGAGGGGGAGGAGGGCGACCGAGGAAGUGGCGGAGGAGGGGGUGGAGAGGGGUGGGAAGCGGUGCAAGGGAGAAGGACGAUGAGCAGUCAAGGCAGGAAGGGUGCGGUUUCUGGCGUUUCUCCUGGCAUGUCACCUGGCAUGUCUCCUGGCAUGUCUCCUUCUGGUGCCAUCACGCCGUCUCGGCUGUCCCGAUUGGGCUCCUCUGCUUCUCCUUCCGCUGCCACUGCUGCGGUUUCCUCGCAUUCCUUUCCGGAUAUGGAGGGCUCGUAUAGUCACGCUUCACGAAACAACUCUUAUAGUCACACCCCAGUGGAUGGGCCACACAGGAGCAGCCCUCUGCGGGAUUCGAACCUCCCCCCACGGUCGAGCCCUCUGGCUCGAGAGCUCGCGGAUUUGGAGAAGGAAAGCGGGUCAGUACAGUCUGUCCCCGUUAUAAGCUCAUCUUCUCCAGACAGAGUUGCUUUUCCGGAUUUGGCACCUGCAAGCACCAGACGUAGCAGCCUAGCGCAAGAGAUCGAGGAGCUUGAGGGAGCGGGCGCAGCUCCAGAGCAAGGCAGCAGCAACAGCAACACUACUGCUCUUGGUGCUGCUGGUAGGAUCGCUGGUGGUAACCCUAGUGCUCCUGGUUACUCUCCUGGUUACCCGCGCGGCGACAGUGGCAGAAGCGGCAGUGCCAGCAGCAGCCGCAGGUUUCUCGGUGCUGGUAGCGGUGGGGACAUAGCCACUGGUGUAGCCACUGGUGGGGACAUAGCAGUUUUUGAGGCGCCUCAGAAAUGGACUCUACCAGCAAGCACCAGCUCCGAAUGGAAACCCGGGCCUGGGAGUGACAGCGGUCUUCCGGCUGCUGGGUACGGUGGUAACCGCGUAACUGACCGGUUUGGCGCAUCUGCGAGUAUUGUGUCCGAGCCGUCUGCGUCGCCUCGUUCUCCUGCGAGUUCUGUUGCCGUUCCUGUCCUCCGCCGAACCUUCACGGACUGCGACCGGCUUGCUGCGGCAGGAGGUUUGGGAGGAGGUGCGGAAGCAGCAGCAGCUGGCGGUGCAGAUUCAACCGUCGCCAUGGCGUCCCGACUCGCGAUUCUUGUUGCCGUUCUGGCAAUGGCGGCUGCAAGCUCAGCUACAAAGCCAGCUACAAAGCCAGCUGGAAAGCCGUAUCCGGACUAUCUCAAGGGCCUCUGUACCAAGGGCGGCUGCGAUUAUAAUUCCGGCUCGUUCGACUACUGGACGAUCCCCGAGUACGGCGCGUGCGUGAACUCUCCGCCCUCGUCCUCGUCGCCCUACUGUGCGGCAGGCAGCAUUCACGCCAAGGCGUGCUGCAACAAAUGCUCCAACACCACUGGCACCAACUCCUUCAACUGCCGCUACUGGGUCCACAUUCCAUCCUCCGGCGCCAGCUCAGACGCGUGCUCCGGAAAGCCGUGCGGCAAGUGCAUUCUGCUCCCCGCAAUCGACGGCAUCGAGCCCAGCGGAACUCCAUCGCUUAGAGAGCGAAACUCAGGUUUCGCGAACUGGUCGCGGGACAUGGAUCGCACAGCUCGCCUGCUUCUGUCGCUCGUCGCCCUUCUCGUCGCUUCCGCUCACGCGCCACGUGUGCGCGGCGCCAGCGAUUUGACCAACGCCGACUCGCUCCCCCUUUGGCUGCACCACGCGAGAUUCCAUGAACAGCUGGACGUCCCCGUUGCCACGUCAGCAUCGGACCCGUUCUCGGACUCGCCUGCCACGUCAGCGUCGUACUCGCCCCAUCUCACCACGGUAGCUUCCGUUGCUCCAAAGGAAGCUUCGUCAGAUGCCGCCUUGCGACUAAAGCAGCAGCAAGAGGAUUUCCGAAUAAUGACUGGCGGGGGCAGUGAAAGCAGAGGGGGCAGUGAAAGCAGAGGGGGCAGUGAAAGCAAUGGGGGCAGUGGGCGCAGCAGCAGCAGUGACGGCAGGAGGAGCUACAGUAACCAAGUGUACACUGUAUACAUGAGAGGGUUACCACCCGUUGUCAGUUACACCGGCGGCGUUCCCGGCUUUGAAGCCACUGCCACUGCCGCCGCCGCCGCCGACGCCGAUGCUGACGUGGCAGCAGUGGGGACCACAGAACAAAAUCCCACACCAAUCCCCCCCAGGCCUGAUCCUAAAGCAUCCCACGUGCUAGCAUACACGCAGCAACUCGCCUCCCUCCAUUCCCACACCAUUGCCAGCAUCGGCCUCCCCCCUUCCGACCUUCUUUACUCCUACACUUACUUAAGUAACGCGUUUUGCGUCUCACUCACUCCCUCUCAGCUGCAUCGGCUUAAGCGACAUCCAGCCGUCGAUAGAAUUGAACGGUCGAGAUCUCUCGCUCCCCUCACUACAAUAACACCCGCCUUUCUCAACCUCUCUUCUGCGGUCUGGAAAGGUCUCGGCGGGGCGAACCGGGCGGGGGAAAACGUGAUCAUAGGCGUGGUGGACUCAGGUAUUUGGCCGGAGCACCCCGCGUUUUCCGGGCGGGGAUACACCCGCCCGAAAAAGACCUGGCGGGGCAAAUGCGCGGCGACCAAAGACUUUAAAGCCACUUCCUGCAACAACAAAAUCGUCGCCGCGCAAUUCUUUUCUGCUGCUUACCUCAAGGCAAACAAGGGGUAUCCCAAGGGGGAAUACGCCUCCCCUAGAGACAGCACAGGGCACGGCACUUGGUGUGCCGGCGCUGCGGCCAGCAACAGCAAUAUACCGGUUAGAAUGAGCCCGCGGAGCCGCGUGAUUGGCCGGAUGAGCGGCACGGCGCCUCGGGCGAGAAUAGCGGUGUACAAGGCAGUGUGGGGUGGGGAGAGCAGCGUGGGGGAUGUGAUGGCUGCUGUUGAGCAGGCGGUACGGGACGGCGUUGAUAUUCUGCUGCUGCCCAUCGGGAGUACUGAUGAUGAUUACUUCAACUCUGCCUUCCUGCUCAGGGCUGUUCAGGCGGGCGUGUUUGUGGUGGCAGCAGCAGGGAAUGAAGGCAUGGCACCCGGAGUAAAGCAGCAGCGCACACUUGCUAACGUCUCUCCCUACAUCUUCACUGUUGCUGCCAGUGGUACUUCGAGAAAGUGGGAGGCAAAGCUAACGCUUGGCAACGGGAAGCGCAACGUUCCAAGGGAGUGGCAGGCCAAGGUCACCCUGGGCAACGGGAAGUGGUACACGGGUAUCACACUGCAAGGGGGGGACCUCAGAACCACCACCAACCUCCCUCUUGUGGACGCUAAGCAUGCUGGCACUGCCAAGGCAGAAACUCAGGAGGCGGAGCAGUGCCGCAUGGGCAUGCUCGACCCAGCCAAGGUGAUGGGAGCCGCCGUGCUGUGCUGGCACGGCAGUGUGUCAUUGGAGGAAAAAGCGCUGGCGGUGCAGACGGCGGGUGGCAAGGCGGUGCUGCUGGUGGUGCAGAGCCCGCGGCAGUACGUGCGGUCCGUGACCGGGACAUUCCCAGGGGUGACUUUUGGCAUGACCAUAUCUCAAGCCAUCAAGGACUAUCUCAAGAGCGCCACCAAGCCGACGGUUUCUAUAUCCCCCAUCCUCUACACCCUCCCCAAGGGCACGCUCGCGCCAGUGAUGGCCUACUUUUCCUCCUCGGGUCCGCCUCUCGACCCCUGGGUGUCCACCCCCAAGAACCCCACCGUCACCAACGCCAUCCUCAAGCCCGACAUCACCGCCCCCGGCCUCGCGCUCCUCUCUUCCACCAACACCGGUAACGCCGCUUCCCCCGGUUUCAAGCUCAACAGCGGCACCUCUGCUGCGGCUUCUGUCGCUGCGGGUGUUGCGGCGCUGCUGAUUCAGAAGUACCCCCGGUGGACUCCGGGAAUGGUGAAAUCGGCUAUGAUGACGACUGCUUCGGUGAAGGACAUGUGGGGGAAGGGGAUUCGCUCGUGGGAUUGGACGUAUGCGUCCCCCUGGCAAUUCGGCUCAGGGCAUAUUACCCCUUCGAAAUCGUUAAAUCCGGGUCUAGUUUACGACGUGCGGGCGACAAACUACAUUAAUUUCCUCGCGGGAUUGGACGAGAAAAAGGCCGAGGCGGCUUUUCCGGCAGCGGCGCUGUCUCCUAUCGAGACGUACGAUCUGAACCAGCCGAAUAUCGCGAUAGGCAGGAUGAAAAAGACGCUCAACGUGACGCGGUGGGUCACGAACGUGGAGUAUAAAACGUCCACGUAUAAACUCUACCUGGUGAAGCCCGACGGGGUGAGCGUGUCGGUGAGUCCGUCGAAGCUGACUUUAAGGCCCGGGCAGCGGGCGGCGUAUAACGUGACGAUUAUUCCCAAGGCGGUUCAGAAGAACUUCACGUUUGGGAGCAUCACGUGGAAGGACGGCGUGCAUGAGGUGCGGAGCGUGCUGGCCGUGCAACCGAUUGAGAUCAAAUCCAAGUGA